CCGACGCUCUCCGUUGUUGCGAGCCGUGAUCGGGUCGAACGUUGUCCACCAAAGUAUCUAGAUAUCCCGUCGUCUCUGGUGGAGGCUAUGUGUCCUCGAAGCGUGAGGGACAACCCACAGCCAUCGUUUCACCUCGUCGAUGUCAGCCCGCAGCCAUGACAUCCACCGCACGGGUCCCGCGCCCAGGAUCAAAUGUCGAUCCUCAGGAGCGUUUCCGACGAGGAGCGACUGCGGCUCCAUCGUGGUGCGCCUUAGAUCCGUCUCCAUCUAUCUCUGCCAGUCAGCGAUCCCGUUUGCAAGAUUGCCCCUCACUCACCGGUCGUAGUUCGUCAUGGCUGUGUGUGUGGUGCAGCGACUGGACGGACAGCGGACCCAGCACAGCCCGGAUCGCGGCUGUGCCAGUCAGAGGAGAAGGAGGAUUUUGCCCAGGUGGACAUCAUUGCGCAGACCCUGUCUCUCUGUCUCUCUCGUCUGUCUCUCUCGUCUGUCUCUCUCGCAUGGCCGUUCAAUCGAUCGUGGGAGCCAUUUUAUCGUCGACGAGACGCGUAUAUGUAACAUAUAUAUCCUACUUAUGUCUAUACACAUACAUCAUAUAUAUCGACGCGAUGAUUGUCUGCGCGCGAAAUGGAGUGGGCCGCAUUCGACCCCACCACAGGAAAUGGGUGGGAAGGGAGCGCGAGAGAGGGAGACUGCGACAGAGACAGAGCGUGAGACACACACAGAGAGAGGAGGACAUGGCUGAGCCACGCCCACUCAGAUCUCCCGACCGCAGCAGAUAGAGACAGUCAGCGACAGACAGAGAGACGAGAGGGAAUGGGGAGAGAAUGGGUGGCACUCCCCUCCGCUGGGAGACCCUCCAGCACAUGCGCCAUAGCCAGGGCCACCGUCCCAUCCAUUGAUUCUGCCGUCCAUGGGGUGGGAGGGUCCGCCCCAAAGCAGACUAGCCGGACUGCUAUUCCGGGCGUCCUCAAGCCGCCCUCAUCGCCGUCUGUCCCUCGCUCACGCGCUCGACGGCCGCACCUCAUCGGCCUCCUCGCCCGGGUCGCUCUCCUACCACCGCUGCCAGGAAGUCAU